AUGGCUACCGAGCAGUGGUUCGUGGAGCCGUUCCCCCCGGGCCCGGGGGAAACACCGCCCCCGGACGACUUGGAACCUGGGGCGCAGCCCUGCGGAGACCCUUCCUGGUCGGCGUCCCCUGGCGGGCCUGGGGACCCACCGGAGGCAGAACCGGAGGACGUCCAGGGGCAGCUGCCGGAGGCCUCUACCGCUACUCCUUCCCCCGAGCCUCUGGCCCCGGGCCCAGGGCCCGCCCCUCCUCGCUUACCCCUGGACACCAUGUUCAGCCCCAUCACCGAACAGCUCCGCUACCUGCUCAAGAAGGCAGAUGAUUUCCAGAGCUACUUGCUUUACAGCAGGGACGGAGUGCAGAAGGAACAGAUGGCAAAGGCCAUGCCCACCUUCUUACAAAUGUGUGAGCCCUACUUUCUCUACCUGGAGGCAGCCGCACGGAGUGUGCCCCCCAUCUAUGGAGCCCUGCAGGAGCUGGUCCGAAAGGGGCUGUUGGAGAUCUCCCAACAGCUGACCCUGCGCCUGGAACAGCUGGUCCUCAUGUAUGCCUCCUUCGGGUUCGUGGACCUGGAGGAGACCGACCCCCUAAGUAUCUCCUGUUUCUUCUGCGGGAGGUUCUCCAUCAGCCCUUCUCAUGAGGUGUCCAUCUUCAGAUAUUGCGCCCCAGCCGCCUACACCGCCAGCCGCUUCCCCCGAUACCUCUACAAGAAGAUGCGUUGGAACCUGGAAACCACCCCAGAGCCCAGCAGCAGGGGGCAAGAUUCCCAUGUGGAUUACUAUUUCCUGUGCUAUCGAGAUACAUGGGAAGACACAGGCAAGAGUCCGGCCAAUUCGUGCCCCCAGAUCCAGAAGCUGUGGUCCAUUGGCCGAUGGGUGCCGCUAGGACCUGCCGAGGAUGACCUUUAUUCAUGGAUUUUGUGCCCGCAGCCGCCUGGGGACUACCAGCAGCUGCUGACCAUCGGCUUUGAGGAGCCCUCGCACAUGCUGGCCACCGACCUGCUGGUGCAGAUCCUCACGGGCCAGGCAGGCCCAGCCCGGCCCCCGAGCACGGCCGGGCUCGCGGCAUGGGCCGCGCAGGGGUCUUGA